CCCCUGGGGAACCCUCUGAUACCCUCGUCCCCCAUAAACCCUAGCCGCCAAGUACCGUAGUGCUUCCCUCCCGCCUCCACUCCGCGCCUCCGCCGAACCUACAGGGCUGAUCCCUGCACGUCGAUCCAAGAUGUAUCUCCAGUGCUACAUCAACGAGAAGGGGGACAAGGUUUACACCACCAAGAAGGAGUCGCCUCUCGGGGUGCCGACGCAGUCUGCUCACCCGGCUCGCUUCUCUCCGGAUGACAAGUACUCUCGCCAGCGGUACCUCUUGAAGAAGAGAUUUGGACUGCUUCCAACGCAAAAGCCAGCACCGAAGUAUUGAAGUUUCAACUCUGCCCAACCAUGUAUCUUCAGGAGAGAACCGUCUAUUCACUGUUUGUUGGUUGGAAUGUAGAUUACCUAUCUGAGAACCAGCUAUUUCAGUAGCACGGUCAAACACAGGAUGUAAUCCUAUGCUAUUAACUGAUCAUGCUGUUUACUAUUAUGUACUCAGUAUGUGACCAAAUCAUUGAGCCUUCA